AAUGGAAUAUCAAUUAAUCCAUUUGGACAGACAAGUUUCGAGUUUCAAUGCGAGAGUCGUGGGUAAAUCUCGCACCUCUUUCUACGUUAUUGAGCAACAAUGCGUAUCAAUGACCUAGUCGUUGUCUGUGUUAUGUUCAUUUGCAUUUUGAUUAUUAAGGAAAGGUCAAAUGCUUUGGAAAUCCGAGUUUCAACCACCGCCGGACAUGAUACCACAUCUUGCUUACUUUCGAGUGCCUCAGCGCCAUGUAAAACGAUCGAAUUUGCUCUGAAUGCCAUGGAGGACGAAGAGAACCACAAUCAAACACUCUUCAUUUUUUUGAUCGAAGAUCACAUUUACCUUUUGGGCAAACGGAUCAACAUUACUCAAACCAACCCAAAGAGGAGUAUUUCUCUCCAAUCAAGUCACGCAUAUGGAUCCAUCAUUAGAUGUACAAAUGUCUUUGCUGGAAUCGAUAUUGGAUUUCGAGUUAGUCAAAGUAAUCAGACAAGAAAUAUAAUUGUAGAAAACCUUAAAUUUCAACACUGUGGCCCUCGUUUCGCCGCUACUGUUCUUAUAUGGAACUCUGUUAAAAUAAACUUCAGGAAUUGUGUAUUUGAACACAACGAACAGGCUGGGCUAAACGCCUUUGAUAGCGAGGUCACUGUAGAAAGUUGUACUUUCCAAAAUAACACUUCAAAUGGACGCAAUUCCAGCGUGGAGUUCAAAGAAGGGUUGACCUCGGCCGGUGGUGCAGCAGGAUUUUUGUUUCGAACUUCAGUUUCUCUUUCUGUGGUAAUAACAAAUUCAAAUUUCACCCUCAACUCUGCCGUGACAAAUGAUUCUGCAUCGUAUAUUGCACCCUCAUACAAUGUCUCGCACUUCACCACAGGGGGUGGGGGUGUUCUGGUUGUGUUCUUGAAGAAGACUAAUCACUGUCGUGUUGUGAUAGAACACUCUACGUUUUCGAACAACUCGGCAACAUAUGGAGGGGGAUUCUACCUCGCUGACUCUAACUCGGCGUCGAAAAACAACUUGUCGAUAACUGGCUCGCUUUUUGUAAAAAACAGAGCCGGACAAACUGGAGGGGGGCUCAUAUUCUCUCAGUGGGAUAAUGCGUCUAGCAUCACAAGUGUCAUCAGAAACUGCACCGUGGCAGAAAAUAAGGCGAGGAGAGGAGCAGGGAUGAAUGUUUUCCUCAUGAAUUACGAUGAGAAACCUAACGACUCUGUGCUGAGGUUUGAUAAUGUGGUGUUUACUAACAACCAGGGUGAUGCCAGUGCGGCGAUUCGCUUCACCACUGCCCUUCCGUAUGGAAGCACCAUGGAUGUUACCCCGGAGUUUAUAAACUGCAAGUUUGAGGAUCAUAACAUGUCGAGUAUUGCACGCACUAGUCCGUUGACAAGUCAAAGGGUGAACAUAAGGUUUCAAGGAAGCAACAGUUUUCAGCGCAACCAUGGCGGAGGCGCAGGAGGUUUUCAGGAUUGCGUUUUACAUGUGGAAGGACAGCUGGUGUUUUCCAAAAACGUAGGAUCCAAUGGAGGGGCGUUGUUCUUGCGAUCAAGUCAAAUUAUACUUUAUCCAGGAAGCGAACUGAUGUUCAUGGGAAACAAGGCCAGUGGAAUGGGCGGCGCGAUAUUCGUAUGGGAACACAUCAUGAGUGAGUUUAUACACGAGUUUAAUCCUAACUGUUUUCUGGCUUACAGUGACCCACACUUGCCCCCAUCAAAAUGGAAGACUAACGUAUCCUUUAUCGAGAAUAGCAGCAAGUUGAAAGGAGCAGCUAUUUAUAUCUCUUCUCUUCAAAGAUGUGUGUGGAGUGAGGUGGCUCCGUACCACGAUCCACAGAAAGCUCUACGCUGGUCCAGUAAUAUUUUGUACAGAAACAACUCGCUUGUUUUCGAUGGUGUCUCACACGUCUUCAGUGGAACUGAGUAUGAUAUUGCUACAGACACAAAACAUUACAGUUCGACUUUAGGGGAUAAUUUUACUGUGAAGCUCGCUCCAGGUCAAAAGUUUCCUUUGAAUCUGCAAGGAGUUGACGAACUUGGACACAGUGUGUAUACGAUUGCUUUUGUGGCUGAAGAAAGCAGCUCCAAUAACGCAUCUAAACUGACUCUUAACGACGUUCUUUAUGUGCUCUCGCCUAACAAAUCAAGCACUGUACCGUUUUCGUUCCAUGUGCCAGAGACAAUUUACAACAAAACGUGUAACAGAGGUAAAAAGAAUAAACGAAGGAUUCAGUUUGUGGACAUCUAUUCUUCUUUACCUAAUCGAUAUUCCUUUGAAGUGGAACUUCAAGUGUGUCCGCCUGGAUUUAAUUUCAGCAAGGAAACUAAAGCCUGCGAAUGCAAUAGGGAACUUUCUGGCAUUUUGAGAUGUGAGAAUGGACAUACUUACUUAAAGGAGGGUUACUGGGCGAAUUUCACUGAUGAUGGUUUGUUGGUUACUUACUACUGUCCAUACAAGUAUUGUGACUGUAAAACUGACGGCAAAUUACCUGGAUGUUUAUUUGAUGCAGUCAACAGUACUGCUCAAUGUGCAAAGAACCGGGAAGGCUGGCUAUGUGGUAAAUGCUCCGGAAAUACUAGUGUGGGGUUGAGAUGGAGUGAGUGCGUCCAUUGUCCCAAUCCAGGAUGGGUGUUGGGCGUGGUCAUACCUCUCGUAAUCGCUUUGUGUAUUCUUAUCAUUUGGCUCAAUCCCGGUAUAUCUAGUGAGUUAAGAGGACCUCUGUACUUCUUCCAAGUUCUCCCUUGCAUAUUCGACCCCACCAGCCAGUUUGGGAGUCAUGUCUUCCUUUUAGCGGAUUUAUUCAACUUUGGAGGGCCGUUAGUCUAUCUGACCAAGACAUGUAUAGUAAGAGAAAUCAAUAAUCUGUAUUCGAUUGCCUUUGGCUACUUGGUUCCUUGUCUGGCUCUAUUGAUAUUCCUGUUUGCCUAUCUGUUGAGCGUUAACUAUUGCCUCAAGUUUGAAUUUCGCCAGCGUUCGAUGCUCAAAUCUUUUUGGCUACUUGUUGUUUUUAUCUACAACUAUUUGGUCGAGACUUCAUUUCUAAUCUUGUUUUGCCCAAAAGUUGGCGACAGUCACGUGUUUUUCUAUGAUGGAACAAUGGAAUGUUUCAGUGGUAACCACUUGCCAAUGGCAAUCCUCCCCAUCUUCGUGCUUGUGUUUCUCGUGAUCCCCCCACCGAUCGUGGUGUUUCUUCUAACCAAUGGUUACUGGAGGGUGGAUCCACAAUACCUGAAUACACUGACAAGCGGCCUGCGCCCCGAGCGCCGUUGGUGGUGGUCAGUGGAUUUAUGUCGAAGAGUUCUCGUGGUUGGUACUUAUGCGUUCGUUCCAAACUGGCAAACAAAGAAGAUUCUUGUGAUUUUGAUAUGCGUCGUUAUAUUGGCUGUCCAUAGUAACUGUCAACCUUACCUGAAACCUCGCGUUAACUUUACAGAGUCUGUAUAUUUAUUGGUUCUAGCCACUCUGGCGAUUAUGCAAAUUGUUGAAGAUGAUACGUUCAGGUACAAAGUGUCCUUAGUUUUAGUGUUCGCGGUAGCACUUCACGCACUUAUGGUGGCUGUUUAUAAAGCUGCGCGAUUCUUCCGCAAGCGUUUCGAUUGCGUUUGCGCGAGAAGGGGACUCGAAUCAAAUGAAAGACUUAGAGACUAUGACCAGCUGGAGGACACAGAGAUCGAUCGGGACAGUUUGGCCGCAGAGAGAGAAAGACAGAAGAGCAUUCUGGACACGAUAUUUAACUCAUCUACUGAGGGCUCAGAACAUGGUUCAGAUUGAAGAUCUACAAAGAUAGUUUAUGGAACUUGCACGGGUUUUCUGUGGUUUGCGUAGUGGUCGGGAGGACCGAGCUGAGUUUAUCUUCACGUUAUUGUCGUCUAAUUAUUUAUCGCCUGGGUGAGGUGGGGGGAGGGGGUCUGAGGAUUUCGGUUGUGUUAAGGUAAAAUUCACCUGAUCCCCCCCCCCAAUAGGGCUCUGUAAUAUUCCUAUAAUCCCCCUCUAAUGGCAGUCCUCCCUUUAUACUCUGUUCGUAACGACUGAUUCCCCCCUUAAUUCCCCCUGAAAACCAUGUGACCUCCCUGAAAUCCUCUGAUCCCUCCUUCUCUCCCCCAAUGCGACAAAUAAUGACUGGCCCCUACUUUGAAAGGAUGUCAACUUUGCAUGGGCGGGGAAUCUCAUCUCCCGUUUGCGACAGACGGGUCAAAUAAGGGUUUCAUGGAAUUUUCAGUGGCCGUUUCGUUUUGACCAUUGGCGAUAACUCUAGCCUCAGUAAGACCCUCGGGUAAGAGAAGUAAGAACUAUUCAAUAGCUUUAAAAGUAUAUUUGCCUUAGGGGCUGUUUCACUAGUUUUCUCUAAGAGUUUUAGUUCGUUUUGACUUUCUAAAUGUAAGUAGCGAAGCUGGCUAAACUUUAUCGAUAAGGUUCGAUACGAGGCUUUCAUAGAAUAGUUGAAGAUGUCACAGAAUGCAAUGGUUUUGGUCAAGUCCUGAAGAAUGAAACCGAUCCAUAAAAGCAAACGAGCCGAAGGAACAGUCACGGCCAAAGAUCGAUAAUCCCACUCAAUUUAUUGGCAUAAUGUCACCAGGCGACACUAAUUAACAAUGAAGUAUCUCAUCUAAAUUUACACAGCAAAUAAGGUAACCUCAAUGAAAGUACAAGUUGUAGUUUUUUCACUCGCAUUUAAAACGUGUACUACCUCCUCCUUAGGGUACUGUAUUUCUCACACGCUCAAUUUAACUCCCACGAUCGAAAUAUCAAUUCUCUACUCUGUCCCCUCUACUAACUAUGCUCUGUCACACAAUUACAUGAAAUAAGUUAUAGAGUGUAUUUUGACCAGCGGAUGACAAUUAACCCUUAGCACCCUUAUAUCAGCCUUUAUUCAUAAUCUCCAUAGGUUUCCUUACAGUUCCUAACGUGUUCAUGAGGAGAAUUUGUUUAACAAACAAAGGCUUCUUUAGUUGGUGAUCAUUUGCUAUAUUCUCAUGACCGUUAUGUGUGAUUCUGUAGUGAUAAUUUGAAGAGAAACUAGAUGCUAGUCACUCUUACGAAGGAAAGAAGCCUCUGCUCUGUGAUGCAUCGCAACUCGUGAAUAAAAAUUGUUCGUACGCUGUUUAA